GUCUCGAGCGGCGUUGUGUCGGUCGGAAGCGGCAUUGCUAGCGGUACGUCUGCGUCUGGUGGUGUGUCGGUCGUGUCUGGCUCUGCGGUGGACGGCGCAUCCGGUGCUGUUAAUGUGGCCAGCGGAUCUAGUACAACGGGGUCCGGUGGUUUGCUGAGCGUGGCGGGCGGUUCCAGCGGCGCGGCGGGGUCGGGAGGAAGUGUUCUCGUGACUGGCGGCGAUUCGGAGACGGGUUCGUCCGGUUCCGUGGACGUGAGCGGCGGAACUUCCUCAUCCAGUGGAUCUGGCGGCGCGGUUAGCGUUUCCGGCGGGUCGUCUUCUAGCGGCAUCGGUGGGGACGUGACUGUGUCGAGCGGCGCCUCUGGCAGCUCCGCUGGUGGCAGCGGUGUGUUCGUCCGUAGCGGUUCUGGCGGCAGCCUGAGCCUCGUUCAGGGCGACAGUGGUGCUGUCGGCGGCGAUGUGGAGUUGCGUGGCGGCAGCGUGGACAGCGCGACCGCGGCGCAGACGGUGAGGAUUGUCGGAUCAGCGAACGCUCAAGGCGCGGGUGGCGAUGUGUCGAUCGACGGCGGUUUUUCGAAGACCUCGGCAGGCGGUUCCGUUCGUGUCGGUGGUGGUCGAAGCAGCCUUUCAAACUCCGGUGGCGUGCUGAUUCAUGGUCGUGAUUCUGUUUUGGAUGGUGGCCAAUGGGCAAAGGAAAGUCAAUGGUGGCUGGAUCAAUUAAUCUCGUUGGAGGAACGUCGGCAACGAGCGGAACUGGAGGAUCCAUCUCUGUCAUUGGCGGCGCAGGUGGCGAAACCGGUGGAGCUGUCAGUGUGCUCGGCGGCUCUGGAUCGAAGGUCGGUGGAGGAAGUGUACAACUGUCUUCUGGAGAAGGUGUCCAGAGCGGACUUGUCCGUAUCGAAACAGGGAGCUGGGACCAGUACCAAGGCAAAUGGUGGUGACGUUGUCAUCGGUGCCGGUAGCAGUUCGUUUAGCGGGACUGGUGGCAGCAUUUCUGUUCAAAGCGGCGUCAAUGGCAUUGGUCAGAGCGGCGAGAUCAGCAUUUCCAGUCAAGCUUCCGCAUCGCGUUCUGGAAGUGGGCUCGUUUCCCUAUCCAGCGGCCAAGUCAAGCAAGGCUCCAGUGGUUCGCUACAGUUCUCCACCGGAAGCAGUGAGCUCGGACAAUCGGGCUCUUUGUAUCUGUCUACAGGCGAUUCGAAGGGGUCUCAAGGAGAUAUCCGUCUUGUCGCAGGAGCGAAUGCAGACGCGUAUUCUUCCGGUGGCGGAUCCAUUUCACUUAAUGCAGCAGCCAACGGCAUGGUUAACAUUACGACAGUAGGCCGUGCUUCAUCCGCGUCGGGUGAUGUGAACAUUCAAGUCGGGGUCACGUCAACGAUGAGUUCAGGCGGAAAUGUGAACAUUUCUGCGGGUUCUCUAUCCGGACGUUCUGGUGUUGGUGGUAACGUCUUCGUCCAAGGUGGUAGCGCGCUUGCUUCAUCACGUGACAACAGUGACGGCGGAGCGAUCACAGUGAUGGGUGGGGCGAGCACGAGUCGCUCUGGUGGCUCCGUGCAAGUCACAUCAGGCGUGGGUCUGAACCAGAGUGGAGCUAUUCAAGUGGUUAGUGCAACCGGGGGCACAUCGGGUGUAAUGGGAUCAAGCGGAGCGGCGUCAAUCGGAAGUGGACGAUCACUCACGUCGACAACCGGGAACACGACAGUCUUUACGGGGUCAUCCUCGACGGCCAGCAGCGGUGACAUGUCGCUACGAACUGGCAAUGCGGCUACAGCGGCAGGCACCGUGUCUGUGUCAGGUGGCUCUAGCAGCUCGUCGACGGGCGGCGCGGUGUCGUUGUCUAGCGGCACUGGCAGUGUCUCGAGCGGCGUUGUGUCGGUCGGAAGCGGCAUUGCUAGCGGUGCGUCUGCAUCUGGCGCUGUGUCGGUCGUGUCUGGUUCUGCGGUGGACGGCGCAUCCGGUGCUGUGCGUGUGGCCAGCGGAUCUAGUACAACGGGGUCCGGUGGUUUGCUGAGCGUGGCGGGCGGUUCCAGCGGCGCGGCGGGGUCGGGAGGAAGUGUUCUCGUGAACGGCGGCAGUUCGCUGACAGGUUUGUCCGGUUCCGUGGACGUGAGCGGCGGAACUUCCUCAUCCAGUGGAUCUGGCGGCGCGGUUAGUGUUUCCGGCGGGUCGUCUUCUAGCGGCAUCGGUGGGGACGUGACUGUGUCGAGUGGCGCCUCUGGCAGCUCCGCUGGUGGCAGCGGUGUGUUCGUCCGUAGCGGUUCUGGCGGCAGCCUGAGCCUCGUUCAGGGCGACAGUGGUGCUGUCGGCGGCGAUGUGGAGUUGCGUGGCGGCAGCGUGAACAGCGCGACCGCGGCGCAGACGGCGGUUCCGUUCGUGUCGGUGGUGGUCGAAGCAGCCUUUCAAACUCCGGUGGCGUGCUGA